AUGUCGCCGACCCAAGAACCAGCCCGCGGCCCGAGCCGUGAGGGCCCAGAAAAAAUAGUUCUAUCAGAAACGCCCGCACCACCAUCCACCAACCCACCCACCAGCCGUCGCGAGAGACGCCAGGCACGCAAACGAAGAGACUCGGCUGCGAACCCCAGGCCGACGCGUACCCGCAAAGCCUCCAUCAACCACCCAAAGCCUCGCCUCCCAUUAUCCACAGUCUCUACGAUACCUCCCGAAAUGUCCGCUGCGCGUAAAACCAUCCCCCUCCUCGUCGCCUCCAUCGGUAACCCUGAGGCUGCCUACGCGAACACCCUUCACAGCGCCGGCCACACCGUUCUUAAUCGCGUCAGCGCUAUUCGGUGCUUUGGCCCCUUCACAGCGAACAAGCGCCUAGGUGGGCAGGUCAGUGAGCCUAUUCGCACUACAACCUUCAACAUCCUGCCAUUCGUCAACAAGACACGCGAGGUAGAGGUCGCGGACGACUGGACGCUAUGGAAGAGCCCGUCGCUCAUGAAUGUGAGCGGGAAGGCGGUUAAGAGCGCGUGGGAGGCUUUUAGGCGCAAUAAUCCGGAUGGGCUGCUGGUGGUGGUGCAUGACGAGCUAGAGAAGAAGAAAGGAGAGGUCACGGUCAAGAGAGGGGGUAGCGCAAAGGGGCAUAACGGGAUCAAGAGUGUUGUGGCUUCUAUGGGCGGGACGCCGUUCGUGAGGAUCGGGGUAGGGAUUGGGAGGCCGUUGAGCAGGGAGCCUAGCGUUAUUGUCAAGUAUGUACUGAAGAAGAUGACGCCGGAGGAGCAGUAUGAGAUUGAGAGCGCGGCGGGGCCGGUGAUUGAGGCGCUGAGGGACGUUGCUGAGGGCUUGAGAUGA